AUGUGUUUCUGGAGAAAGUUUCCAAUAUUUUGGAUGCCCUUGUUCCUUCUGCUCAGCCUUGUUGCUGAAACUCAGCUGGAAAAUCCCCCAAGCCAGGACAGUAGCCACACGUGGAAUCCUGGCCUUCUGACAGAUGUUCUUCGAGCUCUGUCUGCUGGUGACCACCCACCUCAGAACCAUACAAAAAUCCUCCUAAAGAUGUUGUUGGAGAAAACUGGGUGCCCACAGAGGACAAAUGGAAAGCAAGAAGACUGCAAUCAGUGCUUUGAACCAGAUGCUCUGUUACUAAUAGCUGGAGGAGAUUUUGAAGAUCAGCUCAGAGAGGACAUGUUCCAGAGAGUGUCUCUUCUCCUCCUCUAUUACAUUAUUCAUCAGGAAGAGAUCUGCUCUUCAAAGCUCAACAUGAGUAAUAAAGAGUAUAAAUUUUACCUACACAGCCUUCUCAGCCUCAGAAAGAAUGAAGACUCUUAUUUCCUUUCAACUAAUGAAACAGAAGACAUCUUGACUUUCACCAGGCACUACUUUAACACUUCCAGGAGCCAGUGUAUGGAAACCAAAAUGCUGCAAAAAAAAUCUGGAAUACUGCGCAGUGAAGGUGCUGAUGAAAAUACACUUCCUCAAUUGGCUGCAACAAUCAUUGCUUUGUCACUCCAAAAUGUUUGUCUGGGGCAAACAAACUUGCCUUCCUCAGACUAUUUUACAGAAUAUAUUUUCAGUUCUUUGAAUAGGACAAAUACUCUCCAUCUAUCAGAACUAGACCAACUCCUCAACACUCUCUGGACCAAAAGUACCUGUUAUAAAAGGGAUACAAUCUAUCAGCCUCAGAUAAAACAACUCCCCACACCAGCUCAUCAUCACGACAACCAAAAUCUAUCUCUAGCCAUCGACAAAGAAUCAGGAGCUGAUCCAGUUUCCUGGGAUCAGAUUUGUUUCUCUGCUAGGCAGCUGGUGGAGAUAUUUUUACAGAAUAGCCAUUCACCCAUUUCUAAGGAAGUCUUUAAGCAAAUGAGUCCAGCAAUCAUCCAGCAGCUUCUCAGCUGUUCUUGCGAGUUGCACAAAGACCAACAAGCAAAACCACCACCCACAACUCUGGAGAGAUAUGGCUAUAGCACAGUGGCUGUGACACUCCUCACACUGGGCUCCAUGCUUGGGACAACACUGAUCCUUUUCAACAGCUGCGAGGAGAACUACAGGCUGAUUUUACAGCUUUUUGUUGGUUUGGCAGUUGGAACACUUUCUGGGGAUGCUCUGCUCCACCUUAUCCCUCAGAUUCUUGGUUUGUAUAAGCAAGAAGCUUCAGAAUUCGGCCAUUUCCAUGAAAGCAAGGGCCACAUUUGGAAACUGUUGGGAUUAAUUGGAGGCAUCCAUGGCUUUUUCUUAAUAGAAAAAUGUUUCCUUCUUUUUGUAUCACCAAAUACCAAGCAGGAUACCUCAUUGGUUAAUGGACAUGUGGGGCAUUCCCACCAUCUUGCAGUGGAUUCCAAGUCAGGCCAAGGCCAUUCUACUUCAACCAUCCAGUUGAAAAGCCCAGAAGAUUCACAGGCAGCUGAAAUUCCUGUAGGCAGUAUGACAGACUUCAACAGGAAAUGCAAUGCCAUUAGCUUGCUAGCAAUCAUGAUACUGGUUGGGGACAGCCUGCAUAAUUUUGCAGAUGGCCUGAUGAUAGGAGCAGCUUUCUCAUCUUCAUCUGAAUCUGGAGUGACCACGACAAUUGCUAUGUUGUGUCAUGAAAUUCCACAUGAAAUGGGUGACUUUGCUGUGCUCUUGAACUCUGGCCUUUCGGUUAAGAUUGCCAUUUUGAUGAAUUUUAUAAGUGCUCUCACAGCCUUCUUGGGACUGUACAUUGGCCUCUCAGUAUCAACUGAUCCAUGUGUUCAGAACUGGAUCUUAACAAUUACCGCUGGGAUGUUCUUGUACUUAUCCUUGGUGGAGAUGCUUCCUGAAAUGACUCAUGUUCAAACACGGCGACCCUGGUUGAUGUUUCUCCUGCAGAAUGUUGGAUUGAUCCUAGGUUGGCUUUCUCUCUUACUGUUGGCUAUAUAUGAGCAAAAUAUUAAAAUAUAA